CACUGAACACAUGAGUCGUGCACUCAUUCACUGUAUGUAUUGUUUGGCCAUUCAUUUCAUAUGAACACAUGUUUUCAUUACUUCAUUGACGAAUACUUCAGAAAGUCUUCGGUGGCGACAAUGUCUCAACCAAUGUCUCAACCAAUGUCUCAACCAAUGGUCUUUAAGACAGUUAUCUGUAAAGUCAACGGAAUAACACUCUUAAACCUCAACAACGAUUGCAUCGAUAAUAGCGCCAAAUAUUGUGAUAAAGACAUUAGUGAUGGACACGAGACAAUUGGAUGUGAUAUCGAUGUGAAAGAUACGAAGAAUGUGAAGACUAUUGUACAAAGAGUCCGACCCAUGGGUGCGGAGGGCAGAGCCAGAGGGGUUAGGGAUGCGGUGGAGGUGCAGAAGAUCGGUAAUGGCAUCGAGAGUGUGCGCCAGUAUGUAGUGACCACCAGAAAGUAUGGCAAAGUGUGGCACUCGUGUCAGUGGAAGACAUCUCGUGGUCCCUGUCCUUACGGAUCCAAAUGGUCCGGUGCUAUGGUUAACCACAUUCGCAGUCAUUUGGGCAUCAAACCUUUUGGAUGCGGUUAUUGUAAGAAACAGUUCACAAUUGCUUGUAAUCUGAAGAAUCAUCUGAGAAUACAUCACGGGUUGAGGGCUAAGAUUGUCUUAAACGGUGGCCGAAGACGUAAAUUUAGAUCAGAGAAGGUUGUGGUCCAAGAAGAGGUCCACCAGUCGGUGGACUCCUAUUGCGAUGACAAGAUUGCAUCAAAGCUGAGGAUUUUUAAGCCAAGUUUUAUCAACGGAAAUGUGGCCAACAAUCCGUACGCUCUUCAAAGAGAUGUCCCGAAGAGGACAGUGAAGAAGGUUCAGAGAUAUGGCAAUUUCGUCGAAGACUUGGAUGACAACAGCGAUGACCAGAACGACGACCAAGACAUGAAUGAAGAGAUUGACGACCAUUUGGACGAAGAAGAGGCAGAGGAAGAGAACCGAUUGUUUUACGAGAAGACCAAUGAAGAGGAAGACGAUAAGCUCGAAGACAGGGAACUCUCGAAGUUCUUGACUAAGAGGAAGUAUAACAAGAAGUUAUGGUUUGUAUGCAUUUGGAAUCCGCGACAAUGCAAAUUCAGAUCACAUCUAAGGAAUGAUAUCUUAGUGCACGUGAAGAAACACCAAAAUAUGGGACAAUUCGUGUGCAAUUGGAAUCACUGUAGAGCCAGCUUUUCAGACAAAUCCCAACUCAUGGCCCAUCAAGUGAUCCACAAAAAGCAACAGCCAUUCAGAUGUAAUUACAAGGGCUGUCAGUUCCAGACUAUCAACGAUAAAACACUUCAAAUGCACAAAAUUAGACACAAGAGAUGCUUAUGA